GCAGUUUGGGAAACCGUGAUCCACAAGGGGAGGAGGGAAGUUAUUGUGAUGCUGAGCUCGCUCGGUGUGGAUCUCCACAACAAGGCCUGGCUCUGAACACGCACAAAUAAACCGCGUUUUUGGUGGAAAUCCUUUUCUUGUGACCACGCCGCGGGCGGGUCGUGGAUCGCUCGCGCCCGGCAGCGCGUGAGCCGAGCGGCUGACGAGGGGAGCGGAAACCGGGGGAGCGGAUGUGAAGCCGUUCCAGACACAUAAAUAAGAUAUGAACGUGUCUUUCUAACGCAGCCUGGCAACGUCGCGGACGACGCCAUGAAGUGACAGAUCUGGCAACCGUGAUUCCAGAAUAGGAAUAAAACAACGAAGCGACACAAGUAACGGGGAGCUUUGGCUUCGCUGCGAGCGGAGGCUGGAUCACCGAGGUGCGGUGCCGCUGCGCACCGGCUCCGGAGCACCCGACCCCGGCCUGGAAGCCGACGACGAGUCGGUAGUGUUCGGGGCUGUAUGGAGGUCCGUCGUCCAUGAUUAAACGACUUCUUCGGGGAUUUUCUUUUUGAAUUCUUCUCGCUUGCAGGUGUGGCGAUGGCCCACGUUUUAAUAUCGCGUCAUCCAAGGUCUUCAACCUCCUGCCCCCCCUCUCCUCCCCACGGAUUAUAGCACCGCCCCAUCGUCACGCCAUCUUGUCCAGACAGACCAGCUGAUGGAUUCCUGGAUCGCCGUUCAUCCAUAGCACCUUGUCUCACCUUCUGCCCGUCUUCCAUCUCCACCACUUCCCGGUGUCAUAACUUGUACCUGGGUGGUUUACGAGCUCCUCUCGGGGCCCUUCAGCACCACCUUUCUGCGCUGUGGACACUGAAGUGUUUGUCAGAAUCGAUAUGGUGUCUCCGAGUGUCGUGAGAGAUAAGUCGGCAUUGACAUACACAAUUGGAAAUGUGGAAUCCAUGACGGAUCUGAGAGAGGAAGAGCCAAUGAAAGAGAGUUAGUUUCAUUUGUGGUUCAAACGGCCCUCAUGACACCUUGAAUGAAGGCUGGCGGAAUCUGGCAACUGUGAAGUGCAUUGCCUAAAGGAAAGCCAGCAGGGCUGAAGCAAUGAACUUUAAGGGCACCAAACCCUUUUGUUAGAUUUUAUUUCAUUGGACAGUGCGCUGUGACCACUCUAUUCAUCCCUCUGUACCGUCCUCCUUUUUUCCGGGCCUUUGCAUUUCAUCUUUCUAGCCGUUCAUUACUUCUUUAGGUUGGUCUAGAUGUGUGCUUUAAGCUUGGUGUCUCCUUCCUUUCUGUCUUCCCCUUGCCUUUUUGUUUAUUUUGCCUUUUUCCAUUAGACCUCCAUCAUUCGCCCCUCUCUCGCAACUGCUGUCCUCUCACCUCGCCCCCGUCGUUGUCCUUCUGCCCCUCCAACCACCAUCCCACCCUAAGCCUCUCUGACACCACCAUCAUCACCACCACAACCACCCCCCCCCCCCCUUCUCUCUCUCCCUUCCUGUCCCCAUCUUCCCCCGGGAAGCCAUGGCGAUGGCCGCCACCUCCAAUGCCUCCUCCAGUCCCUCGUCCCCGUCGUCCUCAUCCUCUACCAACGGCAGCGCCCGGGAGCACCUGCUGGCGGUGCGUCGGCGCACCCCCCACACCCGGCCGUACACAAUUGGUCCGGAUAACCUCCGCACCCUGUCUGAUCAGGGCGCGGUCCAGGAGGUGGGCGACUCUGUAUCACCCUCCCCCACGGAGUCGUCGGGGAGCCAACAAGAAACGGCGGGAGUUGGGCUCCAGCGGGCCAAUAGCGACACAGACCUGGUGACGUCCGACAGCCGCUCAUCACUUGCGGCGUCUACGUACCAGCUGACUCUAGGCCACAGCCACCUGGUAAUCUCCUGGGACAUCAAGGAGGAAGUAGACGCCACCGACUGGAUCGGCCUGUAUCACAUUGAUGAGACGAGCGUGGCCAACGUGUGGGACUCCAAGAACCGUGGCGUGAAUGGCACCCAGAGAGGGCAGAUCGUGUGGAGGCUGGAGCCGGAUCCCUACUUCAUGGAGCCGGAGACUAAGAUCUGCUUUAAAUACUAUCACGGCGUAAGUGGAGCGCUGAGAGCGACGACACCUUGUAUCACCGUCAAGAACCCUGGAGUGCCGGUGGACAGGGAAGGCCAAGUGGAGGACCAAUCAGUGACUGAGCACUGUCGUAAACUAGUCAGCUUCACCUUAUCUGACAUACGGGCGCUGGGCCUGAAGAAGGGCAUGUUUUUCAACCCUGACCCCUACCUGAAGAUGUCGAUCCAGCCCGGGAAGAGGACCGGCCUCCCCAAGUUCACCCACCAUGGCCAAGAGAGACGCUCCUCCAUCAUAGCCAACACCACCAACCCGGUGUGGCACGGGGAGAAAUACACCUUUGUGGCUCUGAUGACUGACGUGUUGGAGGUGGAAGUGAAGGAUAAGUUUGCCAAGAGCCGACCAAUCAUCAAGCGGUUUCUGGGUCAGCUGAUCAUCCCUGUGCAGAGGCUUCUGGAGGGGCCGACCGCUGAUGAUCAGCCGGUCACUCACAGCCUGUGUCGUCGUCUCCCUACGGACCAUGUGAGCGGGCAGCUUUUGUUCAGGGUGGCCGUCACCUCCACUGGACAUGAAGAAGCCUCCCCGGAGGCCAUGGGAGCCGUCUUGGGGGCAGUGAACGGUGACUCUGGGAGUCCCUCAGACGAUGAAGACCUCCCUCACCAAUCCUCCUCAUCACGCAUUGCAUACAGACCUUCUCCAAGAGGCCCCGAUGAAGGCUCCAGCUUGAUCAAUGAUCCUUGUUACUAUGGAGACGACAGCAUUUGGCGGGAGUCUGCAGAGGAGGAUCUGCUUGCCGCGUCUCUGGGCUGCCACACCCACCGGCAGGUGUCGCUCAACGACUACCUGGACACCAUAGAGGCUCCAAGGAGCCCCGGUGAGCGACCACACGCGGGGCCUUCGCCAAAACUCCGCUCCAGCUUUCCGACAGACACGCGGCUCAACGCCAUGCUGCACAUAGACUCCGAUGAGGAUGAGGAGACGGCGGGACAGCACAGGGAGACACCUCAGGAGAUAAGGACACAGGACAGCACAGACUCAGCCUUAUCACGGAGGCGGGCUACUUCUGAAUCUCAUCAGGAAAAUGAGGGUUCAAAAGGGGAGGCAGGACAGAGCAGAGCUGGAAGCGGGGCCACAACAGAGGUAGGUUCCUCUGACAGGGUUCAGCCUGGUACAGAACUGGAAGAUGAAGCUACAGAAGCACAGGCAGGAACAUCCACCGCUGCUGAGCCUGCACACGUCACGGGAGAAACUCUCGCAGCUUCUAGCUCAUCUCAGGCUUCAGGGACUGAUGUACAAGCAGCAGCUGGCCAAGUGGGGGCUGUGGGCGAAUGCACCUGUCAGCAGCAAAGCAGUAGGAUGGGGGCAAACCAGGAGUUGCCCUGCAAUAUCUCACUGGGUCUACUUUCCCCCAUUCAGGAGGUGGAGACGAGAAAAGAAGUGGCUCCGAAGGCGGAGGAGGAAGGGGAGUCAUCCAGCAGUGAGGCAAAUGGACCAGUAGCAGCACCUGCUCCUAGGAGCAGCAUCCUAGCUAACCGAGGAGAAGGGACUUCUGAUGUUGGAGCGAGAGGCAGGGGUGUCCGGGAGGAGCAGGAGGAGGGGGAGGUGUGGAGGAGGAGGCAGUCAAUGCAGACCUUUGGAGGCACGGCCCAAAGCCAGGAGGCGUGUGGGGCCAGAGGCAGUCAGAACGGAGCAGUGGGGGUGGAGAGAGACACAGACUGGGAGGCUCGUAUAGAUAGCCACGGUCGGAUCUUUUACGUGGACCAUGUGAACAGAACCACAACUUGGCAGCGUCCCACCGCUCCUCCUGCCCCGCAGACGCUCCAGAGGUCCAGCUCCAUACAACAGAUGGAGCAGCUGAACCGCAGGUAUCAGAGUAUACGUAGGACGAUAACCAAUGACAGCAGACCGGAGGAGCAGCCAGCGAAUGAGUUGCUGGCAGAUGAGACUGACAUGCCACCCUCCACACCAGAGGUGCGUAGGGACAACGGUGUGGCUCAGUCUAGUCCCAGGGCUCGCCUCACUCUACUGCUUCAGUCCCCCAGUGCGAAGUUCCUCACCAGCCCCGACUUGUUCACUGUGCUGCAUUCCAACCCUAGUGCCUACCGUAUGUUCACCACCAACACGUGUCUGAAGCAUAUGAUCAGUAAGGUUCGCCGGGAUGCUCACCACUUUGAGCGCUACCAGCACAACAGAGACCUGGUGGCCUUCCUCAACACGUUCGCCAACAAACAGCUGGAGCUGCCGAGAGGCUGGGAGAUGAAGCACGACCACACCGGCAAGUCGUUCUUUGUGGACCACAACUGCCGCGCCACCACCUUCAUCGACCCCCGGCUCCCUCUUCAGAGCACUCGGGCCCCGAGCCUGCUGGCCCACCGCCAACACCUGACCCGCCAACGCAGCCACAGCGCCGGGGAGGUGAGCCCGCGGCGACAGGUUGGUGAUGAGCCCCGACGCGCCGGCCCGCCCGUCCUGCCGCGUCCUUCCAGCACCUUCACGUCCCCCAACAGGGGGCAGUGCCCGGACGUCGUGCCAGUGGCUUACAAUGAGAAGAUCGUGGCGUUUCUUCGACAGCCAAACAUCUUUGAGAUUUUGCAGGAAAGGCAGCCUGAAUUCAACAGGAACCAUUCACUCAGGGAGAAGGUGCAGCUCCUACGCACAGAUGGAGGUUCAGCAUUGGCCCGGCUGUCAGGUGAUGCUGAUCUUGUCAUGCUACUAAGUCUGUUUGAAGAUGAAGUGAUGUCCUAUGUGCCUCCUCAUGCCUUACUUCACCCAAGCUACUGCCAGUCACCUCGGGGAUCCCCUGUCUCCUCCCCACAGAACUCGCCUGGCACCACGAGGGCUAACGCCCGAGCCCCAGCGCCCUAUAAGAGAGACUUUGAGGCCAAACUGCGCAACUUCUACAGGAAACUGGAAACCAAAGGCUAUGGCCAAGGACCAGGGAAGCUAAAGUUGAUCAUCCGUCGUGACCAUCUGCUGGAAGAUGCCUUCAACCAGAUCAUGUGCUAUUCCCGGAAAGACUUGCAGCGCAGCAAGCUCUACGUCAGCUUCGUCGGGGAGGAGGGCUUGGACUACAGUGGGCCUUCCAGAGAGUUCUUCUUCUUGGUUUCCAGGGAGCUGUUCAACCCUUAUUAUGGUCUGUUUGAGUACUCUGCGAACGACACCUACACCGUCCAGAUCAGCCCAAUGUCCGCUUUUGUAGACAAUCACCACGAAUGGUUCCGGUUCAGUGGUCGUAUUCUGGGUUUGGCUCUGAUCCACCAGUACCUGCUGGAUGCCUUCUUUACCAGACCCUUCUAUAAAGGCCUACUGCGCAUUCCCUGUGACCUGAGUGACCUGGAGUACCUGGACGAGGAGUUUCACCAGUCCCUUCAGUGGAUGAAGGACAACGACAUUGAGGACAUGCUGGACCUCACGUUCACCGUAAAUGAAGAGGUCUUCGGACAGAUAACCGAACGGGAAUUGAAGGUGGGUGGAGCCAACAUCCCAGUAUCGGAGAAAAACAAGAAGGAAUACAUUGAGCGGAUGGUGAAGUGGAGGAUCGAGAGGGGAGUGGUGCAACAGACUGACAGCCUGGUCAGAGGUUUCUACGAGGUGGUGGAUGCCAGGCUGGUAUCAGUGUUUGACGCAAGGGAACUGGAGCUGGUGAUCGCCGGCACAGCUGAGAUUGACUUAUCCGACUGGAGGAACAACACUGAGUACAGAGGAGGUUACCAUGACAACCAUAUUGUGAUUCGGUGGUUCUGGGCAGCAGUGGAGAGGUUCAACAAUGAACAGAGACUACGGCUUCUGCAGUUUGUAACCGGGACAUCCAGUAUUCCUUACGAGGGCUUUGCUUCUCUGCGAGGCAGCAAUGGACCCCGCAGGUUCUGUGUGGAGAAGUGGGGGAAGGUCUCCGCACUGCCCAGAGCCCACACCUGUUUCAAUCGGCUGGACCUGCCACCAUACCCUUCCUUCUCAAUGCUGUAUGAGAAGAUGCUGACGGCCGUGGAGGAGACCAGCACUUUUGGGCUGGAAUGAUUCUUGCCAACUACACACAUUUCAGCUUGCCUCGAUACUGGUGGUCAUAUAGAGAAAAGAGGAAGCCAUGAUGGACAAUGGUUCAAAAACCUGGUUUUAAAGCAUAACUUCUGGUUUGUGUUUGAUUCAUAAUGGGCUAUCAUUUACAGAGGCUGAAAAUACCUUGGAAGAUGUACUCUGAACCUCUGAAAUGACCCAUGUACACAGUUAAAGACUUGUUUUUUGUUGCA